AUGAAGGAAAACCCAAGCAUUCUUGCUUCUCUUCCAGAUGUCUUGCCACAAGACGAAUCUAGCGAUUCUAUAAGUGAUCCAAGUAUAGAAGAGAUAAAUCAGAGGGAAGGAAUAGCUGAGUAUCUCUUUCAAGGCGACAUUAAUCUCACUGAUGAACAGCUUGAAUGGAUUGAAAACAGCAUUAAAUCAGAAAAUAACACUCGGGAAAAGCGACAAGUGGACAGCGGUGCUCGCUUAUGGACCGAUAAUCGCGUUUUCUAUUUCUUUGACAUCAGCAUAGAUGCUCGAAUGAAAAGAAUCGUGAAGGAAGCCUUGAAGUACUUGCAAGAGAGGACAUGUCUUGAGUUUACGGAAAGUACAACUGCUCCGAAUAGGAUAAGGGUUUUUAGCGGGGCCGGAUGCUUCGCAACGAUUGGCAUGGCUGGAGGAGUUCAAGAAUUGUCCCUGGGCAAAGGAUGCGAAGCUGUUGGUAUUGCCGCACACGAAUUCGCUCAUGCACUUGGAAUUUGGCACAUGCAAAUGAGGGAUGAUCGCGAUAAUUUCGUUCAAGUUGAUUUGUCUGCUGUGCCGUUGAGCAUGUUGCACAAUUACAUCAAAUUGCCUUCGAGUCGUAUCAUCAACUACACACCCUACGAAUAUGGCAGUUAUAUGCACUAUGAUGCCAGAUCGUUUGCCACCACCGGAAACUCGCUUAUUCCACGUGAUCCAAAUUAUCUUCGCACCAUAGGGUCACGCGUAAUCUCCUUCUAUGAUAUAAAGACUAUAAACGAUCAUUACAAAUGUCGUUCUCGAUGCGCUUCUGGAUCUGCGAAAUGCUUCAACGGUGGUGAGCCGAACCCACGAAACUGUGCCGUCUGUAACUGUCCAGCUGGAUAUGGUGGAUCUUUCUGCAAUCAGCGACCACCUGGAUGCGGUGAAUACCUCAAAGCAAGUGAAAAAUGGCAGAAGAAGGAGUUCACCUUCGGCGAUUCAAAAGUUCAUAUCAUUAGGGAGACAUACACGGAAUGUAACCAUUGGAUACGGGCCCCACCAGGAAAACGUAUCCAAAUCCGAAUCAAAUCAUUGCAAAACUCUCAAUGUCACAAUGGUUGUACGCUCAAUGCUAUCGAACCCCGAAUCAGAGAAGACAAGACGGUCACGAAUCCUAGGAUUUGCUGCACCGAUUCGUUGAAUAGAACUCUCAAUAGCCACUUGAAUCCUACGCCAAUAAUAUCGUACAGUAGAUUCCUUACAUCAACAUUUGCUUUUCUUUACAGGUUCAUAUAAUACGUUGUGUAUUUCAUGUACAUAUUUCAGGAAUUAUUCGUUUGAUUAUGAGAAAAAGUAC